GUCAGUACAGUACACACCUUGGCAUGCCUGUGAAUUUCAUUGUCUAAUCUUGUGACAAAGUUCACAAUAGGGGUACAACUUUUUGAACGAGCGUUAGAUGUCAUUUUCCGUGCCUUAUCAGAAUGAUAAAACGUCUUAUAAUGCUCGAUACGGGUAAAGGCUACAGUUAGUCUGUGUAACCACUCGUACUGUUAAUUUAGGUGUGGGAUCGCAUAGUGGUUAAGUUGUUGUGAAUGUUUGCUUGAAUUCUCAUGACUUUGAUUUUCUGUUUUGUGUUUAUAGAGAUCUUGAAUGUACAGAAUUCUUUCAGUGAUAGUCUUUAUUAGUAGUGUGCUGUUUAUUGUUCUCCGGUUGUGGAUCUUUAUGUUUUUAAUUGAGUGUUUUAAGUUUGCUACGGAAAUUCAUAUAUCAACAUCUAGAGUUAUAACAUAUCACUGAUAAUUAAUAAUUUAAUUGUUGUCUUAGUGUCAUAGAAGGAAGGAAAGGAAACACCCACAGUUUUAUUGCAGAUUACUGUUCAUACUUUUUUUUCCAGGGCCGGAUGAAAAUAAAAUCAAAAUGAAAUCAAAAUGAAUUCAGAGCCAGAACAAUGUGGAAAAAACUUUUUUUUUCAAAUUUUGCAUUUAAUUUGUUGUUUCAGAAAGACAGUGAAAAGAGCAACAGCUGUUCAACAUUUUGUUACUUCAACUAUGGGACGUCUGGAUGGAAAAGUUUUCGUUCUUUCAGCUGCCGCCCAGGGCAUUGGCAAAGCUGUAGCCUUGAUGGCAGCGAAGGAAGGAGCACGAGUGAUUGCCACAGACGUCAACGGGGAAGUGCUCAAGGAGUUGGAGGGGACCCCGGGAAUUGAAACCCAAGUCCUUGAUGUCUUGAAAAAGGACGAUGUUGAAAAAUUUGCCAAAUCUGUGGAUAAAAUUGAUGUUCUCUUCAACUGUGCUGGAUUUGUCCACCAUGGAACUCUGCUGGACUGUGACGAGAAAAGCUGGGACUUUUCCUUCAACCUGAAUGUCAAGAGCGCCUACACAAUGUGCUCAGUUUUUGUUCCUAAGUUCAUCGCUCAGGGUACCGGUGGAAGCAUCAUCAACAUGUCAUCAGUUGUCUCCAGCAUCAAAGGUGCUCCCAACAGGUUUGUCUAUGCGGCCACCAAGGCUGCUGUGAUAGGCAUGAGCAAGUCUCUGGCCGUGGACUUUGUGGACCACAAGAUCCGGGUCAACUCGGUCUGUCCAGGCACUGUGGACACGCCUUCCCUGAGGGGCAGGAUGGCAGCUCAAGCUGAUCCAGAGAAGGCUCUUCAAGAUUUCAUUGCUCGUCAGAAAAUGGGCAGGUUGGCUAACCCUGAAGAAAUCGCAAGCCUUGUAGUGUACUUAGCUUCUGACGAGUCUGGCUUUGUGACUGGCCAGGAGUUUGUCGUUGAUGGAGGUUGGAGCAUGUAACUCUCUCUACGCUGAACCUUUUACACGCAGAGAAUGCAGAACGAAGGAUUGUGAAAGUUACAGAGCACGUGGGAUCAAACCUUUUGAUUUUCUUUUUGUAUACCUUUAUGAUACAGAUUAGAACGAUGCUGGUUUUUUGUGAGAUGCAAGCAUGUUCCAAGGUACACUUGCGUUGUUUAUUGGCCUGAGAUCUUGCCUGAAUAGUGAAGUCUUCCUUAAGAAGGUUGUUGUUUUUUAUAUAUUGGUUAUGUUUUUCAUGAACAAAAGUGAUUAUAUUAUAUACAAAUGUUUUUUAUUACUAUCUUUGUGAUUCCCGUACCUCUGAAAUGGCUUAUGACCAGUGCUCAGCAUUACAAGUUGGUGUGUUCAGUAGUGUUGGAUUGUUGUGCGACAGUCAUUUCUGUCUCUAUUCCUAUCUAUCUAUCUGUCUACUCUGUGAAUGUGCAAUGAAAGCCUUUUUGUGAAUUUGAUCAGGGUAAAUGUUUAUUCCUGCUGUUGAUCAUUGUUAUUUUAGAAUAACACCAAGAGAUGCAUUUACCUUGUUAUUAUUAUACAAUAAAACUGAACUAUGCAUUUCCCUUUAUUAUUUUUUUCUAAAGUUCAGACACGCAUUUUCAGGACCAUUUUUUUAUAACAACUUUUGUACCAUUUUUUUAUAACAACUUUUGUUAUGUGAAUUAUUUUUUAUAUAGUUUUUGAACAUGUUGUUUCUUAGAAACUUUUGCAGUCAUGAGUCUACAGUCUCUGUGCAUUUUGAUAAGCAGAGUAUGUGUACUAUAAAUUAACUAUAUUAACCCCUUUAUACUUGCCAAUAUGACAUAAUAUCAUACAGAAUAUCUCAGAUGAGAAGUUGAACUAAUUCGUGUGUACUAAUCCAAUGCCUAAUCUAUCCGAUUAUCAUCACAUCCAUCUUUCUUUGACUUUUAACACUAUGAGUACUUACUUAUUGUGGUAAGAUAUUAAAAGUUUUGAAAGUCAGAAAA